AUGCCCGUUGUUUCUUUUGAAAUUGAUUGUACAUCAAAAUGCCGUUCAACAACACAUUAUCUCGAUUUAAUCUGUGUUGCUUCACAAUCGAUAUCGAUUCCAAUCAUACUCAAUUAUUUAUGUCGAUGUGGAAACUGCGCAAAAGGUCAUGAUAAAUAUGGUCGAACAUUAAUACAAGUAUGCUCGGCUUUAUCGGAUAAAUGGUCCAUAAUUGAUUGGCUAUUAAAACAAAAAAAAGUUGAUAUCAAUAUAAAAAAUUUAGAAUCAGGCUAUACUGCAUUACAUUAUAGUGUAUUCUAUGGGAGAAUCGAUAAUACUAUCAACCUUAUUAAAGCCGGUGCAAAUACAAGUCUAUUGGAUUAUGAUUACAUGACAUAUAUUGAUCAUGUUAUUCGUGAUACAUAUAUAGAAGCAUCAUCUGAAAUAUUAGAUAUUGAAACUUAUGAAGUUUACACAAUGGGUGAAAAUACAAAUGGAAGUUUAGGACAUAGUCAACCAACAGCUAAAAAAGUUCCUGAAUUAAUCGAUAUAUUUCGUCGUGAUUCAAUAUGUAUAAAAAAGGUUAAAAUGGAUAAGUAUCAUACAUUAUUUUUAUCAAAUACUGGAUCAGUCUAUUCAUGUGGUUUUGGUAUUGGUGGUCGCCUUGGGCAUGAUAAUGAAGAACCUGUUUUGAUUCCUAAAUUAAUUAUGGCUAUGGAAACAAUAAAAGAAACUGAACAAGAUCGUUGUAUUGAUAUUGCUGUUACACGUGAUUGUUCAUAUUUUCUUACUGAAAAAGGAUGUUUAUGGAGUUGUGGGCUAAAUAAUUAUCAUCAAUUAGGUCAUCCUGGUAUGGUUAAACUUUUAGUACCAGCAAAAAUACAAUUUCGUCAAAUAAAAGAUCGAAAUGUUACUCAUAUAGCUUGUGGUCGUUUUCAUGUAGCAUUAAUUGUUGAUGAUAGUCAAUUAUUUACAUUUGGUCUCAAUGCUGGACAUCUUGGUCAUCCGAAAGGAAAUGAUUUAUAUAUUCAACACCCAUUACUUGUUACCAAAUUUAAUAGUCAAUCUGAACAUGUUCAAAAACUUGUCUGUAAUGAUUAUACUAUUAUAUGUUAUACAAAUAAAGGAGAUAUCUAUGUUUUAAAUGAUUAUAAAUAUAGAAAAAUUGUUAAACAUGUAUUAAAUGUAACAGAAAUAGCUGUAGUAGGUGGAAAACUUGAAUCGAAUGGUGUACUUGAUGAAGAAAAUAUUGAUGAUGAUUUAAAAUUAUUUUAUGUACAAUCAAAAAAAUUAUAUCUCUAUCAUGAACGUGAACCAAAUAAUAAUCGAGCAAAGUUAUGCUUAUGGACAACAAAACAACGCCUGACUGUUGAACAAAUAGUUGCUGGUACAAAUGCUAUUAUUUUUUCAACAAAUACUGGACAAGCUUAUAGUGCGAGUCUGGACAAAUUAUUGAAUGUUAACAAAAGAAUUGAAUAUGAUUCCUCGUCUAAUUCAAUUUACGAUGAACGUGCUUAUCAAUAUUUAACUCCAUCACCUAUACCAUUACUACAUCGAUGUCGUGCAUUAACUACUGAUCGAACAGGACGCUCAUUGGUCGCUCUUCAGUAUCAUCCAACUACUCAUUUAUAUGCAUAUCCACGUCAACCAGAAUCUAGUUUUCACGAAAAUUUACGUGAUCUAUUGAACGAAGCUGAACAUAUUCAUGAUAUAAUUCUUGAAAUAAAUAAUAAUCAAACAUUUCCAGCUCAUAAAUAUAUUUUAUGUAUGCGUAGUUCAUAUUUUCGACAAUUAUUAGCUACAGCACAAAUCGAUAAAUUAACAAUUACUAAUGAUAUCAAUAGUUUUAUUGAUCCUGAAAUGUUUCAAUUGACUCUUGAAUACAUUUACACAGAUCGAUGUCCAUGGUUGAAUUUUAUGCACAAAAUCAAAACACGUAUUGAACACGAAUAUAACAUUUAUCUAGCACACAUGAAAAACAUAAAUGAUGAUAUUGAUGAUCAUCGAUAUUUUGCACGAGUUCGUCAACAAGCUACAAUGAAUUCAGGACAUCAUCAUCAUGUAAAACAUGAAUCAAAAUCUAAAAAGAAGAAAAAAACUGGUCGUAAUCUAUCACCAACGAAUGAAUUAGAUCUGGAACAACAAAGUGAUAUAGAAUUGAAUCAUGGAUUAGAACAAUUAAUAGAACUAGCUAAAUUAUUUCAAUUGCAGAGUCUUCGAAAAAGACUUGAAACAAUAAAACAAAGUCGACAGAGAGGUCCUAAUACAGUAGACGAAUCAAUAGGUCAAAUUAAACAACGUUAUUGCUAUACACGAGAAGCAUUACCUGAAUUACAUGAUGUUACAAUUAUAGCUGAAGAUGGAAAAAAGAUUUCAUGUCAUAAAUGUAUUUUAACAAGUCGUCUUGAUUAUUUUCGUAGUAUGUUUCUGGCUGAUUGGAUGGAAAGUCAAAACAAUUGCGAAUUAAAAAUGGCAAUACCAUUUGAUUUAUUAGAAAUUAUUAUCGAUUACUUGUAUACGGAUAAUAUUUCGAAUAAAUUUAAUAUUGAAUAUUUGUGUCAAAUUCUGGUUCUAUCAGAUCAAUUGCUAAUCGAACGACUCAAACAAAUUUGUGAAUUUCAUAUAGCAAAUUUAGUUACAUUUCGUGAUGCUGUUGAACUUCUUCAAUUUUCUCUUACAUACAAUGCUGAACAAUUGAAAGUAUUUGUUCAACAAUUUAUUUGUCGUAAUAUGGCUACGUUUCUUGAAGCACAUUUACUCGAUAAUCUUGAUAGUCAAUUAUUAUGUGAUUUAACCAAAUCGUAUCGAAAUUUACUUGAUUGUAUGAAUUAUCGAAUGAUAACACCCUAUAACGAUUGUCCAUCAUUAGAUGAUCUCUUGAUUGAUAUUGAGCUAUUAGAAAAUUUAUCCAUCGAUGAUAUUGAUGAAGCAACAACUGUAAUAAAAAAACAACCAUCUCAACAGAAAAGAAAACAACUAAACAAGUUACGUACAUCUGAAUCGGAAAAUAUUAAUAAAUCAUCACCAACAACAUCCAUUGAAAGUUCUCCUAUUGUGACAACAUCUGUUCGUCGGAAAACAUCGGAAGAAGAAAAAUGGACUCCAGUAUCAUCGAAAAAAACAUCAAAAAAUAGUAAAAAUGUACCAACACCAAGUACAUCGAAUAAUGCUGCAGCAGUAAGUCUAAUUCGACCAAUGAUUCCUGGCGCUGUUUAUUCUCAAAAAGAAGCGGAUAAAUUAGCUGCAAUAAAAAGAGCAGCUGACCAAGAAAUAAAUGCUAAUAAAUCAAUAAUAACGCCUAUAUCAGUAGAGCAAACAGCUAAAUCAUCAAUAAAUACAAAGGAUGAAUCUUCCUUGAAAAACCCUUGGAGAACAACGAAUGUUCUUUCACCAGUAUCACUGAAAGCGAUACUGUCAGCAGAAAAAGAAAUAAAUGUGCCAAAAACAACAAUGACAAAAUCAGUACCAACAACCCCAUCAACUCGUUCAUUGCCUAUUGUACAACCAUCACCACCUCAACAUGAAAAUAUUAAGCCAUGGUCAACAUUAUCAAUAUCACCAUCAUCACCGUCAUCGUCACUCUAUACAAAUAUGACUAUUGCUUCAUCACCACCACCAGCUACACCAAUGUCAUUUAAACAUAUUCAAGAUCAAGAAGCUCGAGCACAUGAAGCUCUUCGACAAAUCAGUAAUAAGUCACUUGAAAAAAUUCAGACAGAAGAAUUGGCUAUUCAAGCAUUGCAUCGUUUAUAUAAUUCAGAUCAAGAAUUCGAUAUGUUAAUUACUAUCGAACGUGUUUUACCGGAAAUAGCGAAUCCGAUAUGGCCUCGAACACAGGCAACAGCAGCAACAUCAUUGUCAUCACCGAAUAUUGUUUUGAUUACUCAGAGAAAAGGACAAAAAUGA